AUGAAUGAUGCGCAAACCGUCAACGGGAGGAGGAAACCGGAAGACAUGAUAUUCGAAGUACUGAAGAAGGCCGUCGAUGGCAGCACCUCGGCGGCUCGACUGGGAAUACUGAGUCUCUCCAAGAGGAACCCCAUCGAAACCCCAAACUACAUCGCCGUGGCAUCGAGGGGCGUCGUUCCUCAUGUCACACCCGACAACCUCAAAAAACAUGUUUCUGUCGGUGCAGCAUAUAUGGCGCUUGAGGACUUCAUCGAGAAGAAGAACCCUUCGGCGCUCUCGAUACCUUCGCCUGACAAGAGGCCUCUCCACACCUUUACGUGCCUGCCCGAGACGGUAGCCACGGUUCUCGCUCCCAGACGGUGCCCGGCGAUUAAGACUCCCGUGGGCAACGGCGCAAAGUUCAUGGCCAUCUUCACAUCCACCGGCUUCCGGAACCUCACAGUGGACGAGUACUCGGACGCCGUCGAGACGCUUAAGCCCGACAUUGCCAUCGGCCCGGCGGAUCUGUUCCACACGAGCACGAUGCCUGUCCCGAAGAAGCUCGUACGCAUGGCCGGGCGAACCGAGGACUGGACUGAUGCGUUUCUGACGCCCAAGAGGCGGGAAGCUCUGAAGGAGUCCGGGGUCUCUGUGUUUGCGCCCGUCUUGGCGGUGCCGUAUCCCAUUCAGUGGGAGCAUCUCCGUAACUUGGCCGACGACGUUGUCGACUCCAUCUCAGGACUGGCCGUCUACGAUGUAGACUUGAUGCCCGACAUCGUGGACAAUCACGAACCACUGGUCUCGCUGCCCCGUCUCUCUCUCCACAUUCCCGCCACACCCCAAGAAGUCCUCCGCCAAAUCUCUUUGGGUAUCGACCUCUGCACAAUACCCUUUCUCAACGCCAUCUCCGACGCCGGCGUGGCGCUGUCCUUCACCUUCCCACCACCCGCCGACAUCCACCAGAGCAAGGCCACCCUACCGCUCGGCGAGGACAUGUGGUCGCCCGAGAACGAGGCCUCCCUCGAGCCCCUCGUCCGGGGCUGCCCCUGCUACGCUUGCACGACGCACCAUCGCGCCUUCCUGCACCACCUACUCAACGCCAAGGAGAUGCUCGGCUGGACGCUCCUCCAGGUUCACAACCACCAGGUUGCGACCGACUUCUUCGCUGGCGUCCGGGCUGCCCUGGCGCGGGACGGCGUCGACGGGUUCGAGGAGCAGGCGAGGCGUUUCGCUACGGCGUACGAGGCGGAGCUACCGCAGGGUACGGGCACGAGGCCGAGGGCGAGGGGUUACCACUUCAAGCCGGACCCGAAUCCUAGUAGGAUCAACCCGCCGGCGUGGGAGAACUUCGCGACGGACGGGGAGCGUGCCGGUGCCGAUGUCAAUGGAGCCGCGGCCGCUGCGGCUGCCGGGGGCGCGGAGACUCCGCUCGUGCCUGAUGUGGGAUCACUGAAGCUCGAGGAGAAGGGGUUCGCCGAGGUUACGCAUGGGGAGGGGAAGCCCGAGUAA